AUGCCCACAGAAGUCGAGGGGACCCAUGAGGUUAGGCCUGGGGAUGUAUCACUUUACACCAAGACCUGGAAGCCAGAUGGCCCUCCGAAAGCGAAAGUCAUCUUCGUCCAUGGAUUCAAUGAUCAUAUUCACCGCUACUACGAGCUCUUCCCAACCCUCGCCUCCCACGGCAUCGAGGUUCAUGGCUUCGAUCAGCGAGGCUGGGGCCGCUCUGUCAAAACACCCUCUGAUCGAGGCUUGACGGGCCCCACUUCUCAGGUCAUAUCAGACAUUGUUUCCGUUAUAAAGUCCCAGCUUCCCUCGCCAGUGCCACUUUUUGUCAUGGGACAUAGCAUGGGCGGCGCGGAAGUAUUGACUCUUGCCAGUGACCCCCAGUAUGAGGACCUGAUGCCCAGCAUCCGCGGUUGGGUAUUAGAGAGCCCCUUUAUCGAUUUCCCCAAAGGGCAGGCGCCCGGCGCUGUUACCGUUUUUCUUGGCCGAUUAGCAGGAAAGUUACUACCUCACAGCCAGCGCUUUUCUGCUCUUAAGCCAGAAACCCUCACCCGAGACCCAGAAGUGGUCAAAUCGCUAACGGAUGACCCUCUUACCCACGGUUAUGGCACGCUGGCGGGCUUAUCAGCCAUGUUAGACCGGAGUGCGGCCUUGCACGGGGGAAAGGUGACGUUGAGUAAAGGUGUCAGGAGUAUAUGGUUAGGUCAUGGGACAAAGGAUAUGGGAACAUGCUACCACGCUAGUGAUCAAUGGUUCAAGAGACAGACGCAGGUCCAGGAUAAGGAGCUCAAGACAUAUGACGGCUGGUAUCAUCAGCUACAUGCAGAUCUGCCAAAGGAAAGAGCCGUAUUUGCCAAAGAUGUCAGGGAUUGGAUUUUAGCUAGAGUAGGUGUUGAGGAGGCUCGCCAGGGGUCUGAUUCUAAACUAUGA